AUGGUCAAGCAUUUGCCGCCCACGGUCAAGCAGCUCUUAACCCUCCGCAACCCACAACCUCGCGCCGCGCCACAAUCAUCGAGGUUGAAUGCUGUUCUUACUACAACCUACCAGGACGCCAAAGCCAAGAAAGCGGAGAAGGGCUGGUUAACUCUCGCUACUUGUACCCUUCUCACUGCAAACGCACCCCCUGCUAUAGGCCAUCUCUACCGCUUCGCGACGCGGGACGAGCCGGACAACGCUUCCUCGCGGCGAGGCCUGCCGGAGGCUUUGGACAAGGCCGCACUCAUGCGCGAGUCCGCGCUGAAGAGCUGCAUCUUCGUGGGCGUACCUCGCACCAUCCUGUCCCUUGCGAAUCUCCACGAAGCCAUCGAAGACGACGUCAAGGCCGGCCUUCGGAAGGCUCCCUCGCCUAAAAGGGCGGCGACUCCCGAGAACGUCGAGACCAUCGUUGCGCGGGGUCGGGGCCUCUGGGCCACCAUCUACGAGCCGCAUGCGGAGAAAUUGUACAACAAGCUGGGCGGGUACCAUCCCGAUUUCAUUGAGUUCAUCAUACAGGCUUACGGCACCGUCCUCGCCCCGCUCCCCGGCGGAGAUGCUGAGCAGGGCAACCUCAGCCGCGCCCUGGGUUCGGUCGUCGGAACCGCAUGCCUGAGAGCGGAAGGAGGGGUCGGGCCGCAACUUGUGAGCCACGUCUUUGGGCUGCUCAAGGCCCGGCACGUCCAGGGCCUGAGUGCGGAAGAUUACUGGCUCGCUUCCGACGAGGGAACGGAAUGGGUCGUCCGGACGGUCGACAGCAUACUCGAUGUCGUCAAGCCGGAGCUGGGCGACGGGACCGCCGCGCAGGCGAAGUUGUGAGCAUCUGGAUACUGCAGACUUCUAGCUCCCUCGCGGUAUGUGCGUGGCUUGCGGCUUACGGUAGAUCGCGAGAUGAGAUGUUGUUAUGUCGCUACAAAGGAGCCUCGGAGUCG